GCACCACGUACAAUAACACCGUCGAACCACCACCACCACCACCACCACCACCACCACCACCACCACCACCGCCGCCCCCUACUAUCGCCUCACCUCAGAACACACAUAGCACCAACCCUAGAAUACAAACCAGCCAUGCCCCCCCAGUCCCGCACAAUCCCGGACGUAAACCACACAGUCCUAUCCCGCUACCUCCCCCGACUGCAAAAGAUCCUCUCCUUAGCCUCUUACGCCGUACUCUACACCUACAACCACGAAUCCGGGAUAUGGCAAAAGUCCAACACGGAGGGUUCGCUCUUCAUCUGCUCCCUCUCGCCUACCCAGCCCCAGCAACAGGAAGAAUACACGAUAAUCUUGCUGAACCGCCGGGGUUUGCAAAACUUCAUCUACGCCCUCACCGAUCCGGGGAACAUCGAGUACGCCGAGGGCGGGGACUAUGUUAUGCUCCAAGGCGAGGAGGAGAAGAUUGUUUAUGGGAUAUGGGUUUACGCUCAGCCCGGCACGUCCUCCGAGGGGGAUAGGACCAAGGUUGCGGAGUGGGUGAAGGACUGUGCCGGGAGGUAUGCUGAGGGGAUGGAUAAGAUUGGGAAGGGACAGGAACGGCACCAGCAGCCAGCGGUAGGGGGAGGUUUAGAUCCAGCACCCGGCAGGAGUAUUUCUUUGACAGAGCUAUUCCAAAGCAGCUCGCCCGCCACUGCUACCGUACCGCAACCUCAGCAGCGCCAUCACCAUCAGCACUCGACGCAAACACAUAUCCCCUCGCAAGACCAGCAAGGGGCAUAUUUCCAUCACCAACCACCACCGCCUCCUCCUCCCCCCCAAUUGCAGGAAGCCACCGGCGGUGAUUCGCUAAUGAGGCUAUUCGGGAACGCUAGUGGUAGAUAUACUAGUAGAACAACUACACCGGGGCAUUAGUAGCUGGAUUCUGGCUUUAUCGUUUUUUUUGUUUUUUUACCCCCCAUUUACGGUUGCUCGUUAGGACAUGUUGCCGCCUGGUAUGAUACAUGACAUGUCUCCGGCGUUGUCUUGCGGCGUUAAGGCUUCAUUUUAUCUUACCAUCACCACUUCUGGUAUUACGGUAUUUUAGCAUUGUUUGUUGUUUUGCAGGCACGGUUACGCACGGGGACUACCAGGCACAGUAAAGAUAUCCACACUAUCAAGAAUUCAUAUAAUCAAAACACGAGCUAGUAAAUGUACAGUACCAUUAUAUGGCUUAGGAAAGACCCAAGACCAGACUAGCAAUUUCCUCCUCUUGCAAAAUACAUCAAGCAUCAAGCCAGUAAAACCGAUCAAUCAAUCAAUUAAUCAGAAGGU